AAAAUGAAGACAAAAAUUAAGAAUGGCUGCUUCUUUCUGAAGUUUUGAUAUGUGCAUAGAAAAUACCGCACCUUUAUAUAUAUAUAGGCUGGCCCUCCACAAAAAUGAUUAGACCAAUAUAUAUAAUGGAUGAAAAAAAUCUGCCUCCAGGGUUUAGGUUCCAUCCAAGUGAUGAAGAACUUAUAACAUAUUAUCUGACUAACAAAGUUUCUGAUUCCAGCUUUACAGCUAGAGCCAUUGCUGAUGUUGAUCUUAACAAGUCUGAGCCUUGGGACCUCCCUGCGAAAGCGUCAAUGGGAGAAAAGGAAUGGUACUUCUUUAGCGUAAAAGAUCGCAAGUACCCAACGGGGCUUCGCAGUAACAGAGCUACAGAAGCUGGCUAUUGGAAAACAACAGGGAAGGAUAAGGAGAUUUUUCGCGGUGGAGUCCAGCUUGUCGGGAUGAAGAAAACACUUGUUUUCUACAGAGGGAGAGCUCCUAAGGGUCAAAAAACUAAUUGGGUUAUGCAUGAAUAUAGGCUAGAAACCAAGUUUGGUUUCAAAGCCUCUAAGGAGGAAUGGGUAGUUUGUAGGGUGUUUCAUAAGAACUCAACCGCAAAGAAAUCACAGCCAACAACUUCAUCCCAACAAUCCGAUGAGUCUCUUUGUGACACUUAUAAUACAUUAAGUACAAAUGAGUUUGGGGAUAUUGACCUACCAAAUUUCAACCUAGCCACUCCAUCAAUUGACAGCGACACAUUUGCCAAUAUUUCUUUACAAAAUUACACCAAUAGUCAUGAGAACAUCAUGAACUUGGCAAGCACUAGUACUCUUCCAUUAUUGCCAGCAGCUCAUUGGUCUUCUAGCUUGCUAAGCUCAAUCAAUAACAAUGUGCUUUUUAGGGCAUUGCAACUUGGGGGCAAUUAUUAUAAUCAUCAGUCAAGAGAUGAUCAACCUACCACAAUUGCUAAUUCUAAUUACCCCUUUAAUAUUCAGUCUCAUUUUGGAAUUGAUGUUAAUCCACUGGAGGCGCCUUCUUCCUCUAUGGUGUUUGAUCCUCUUCAGCCUCAGGCGGAGCAAUCAUACAAAUUGAACUCUAAUAUUUGGGAGUAAGUUUCAGAUUACACACAACAAUCUUCUGUCAUACAAAAAUGUUACAUUUCUUAUAUAAUGAUCGAUUGACCUGGGAAAAUCCCUAGUCUAUUGUACGUAUCAUUUAUUCAAGUUAGCUCCACAUUUGCAUUUGUAUGAAAUAAUAACUAACUUCGGUCA